AUGCCGUUGCCGUGCGACAUAAUAUCAGGCCCAACGCUUGCUUGUGGCUAUUUGGAGGACGACGAAUUGGCCAAACCAGCAUUCAUCGAUGGGAGCACAUUCUCGUGGGUAUUACCUGGCGAAAGUCGAUUUCGUGCUACUGGAGAUAUUGUGAGGCAGAAUUCGGAUGGAUCGAUCAAGUACAUUUCACAGAAAGGCCACUGUCCGAGGCUGAAUGGGUUUCCGAUCGAACUACGGGAGACUGAGUAUGAAAUAGAGCGAUGUGAGGGUGUCCUUUCCGCCGUGGUGGAGAAAUUUGGCCAGUCCGACAAUUCGUCCGAGUUCUCGGUUGCAUUUUUCACCUUGGCAGCCACGAAUAACACGGGGGGACAAUGCAAGCUCCUAGACACGACAGAUGAUGUUGAAUACAUUAUCCAGACCGCUUUCACUCGCGUGUCCGAACGAUUUUCUCCCGACAUGGCUCCACGCUUCUAUCUACCAAUAUGCACCAUUCCCCUGGCCACCACCGGAAAAGUGAAUCGCGGAGCACUCCGCCACAUUUUUAACGAAUGCUCACAGGAUGAAUUGGCCGUGUACCGGCCGGGAAAACUUCAAAAGAGAGAGACACACACAAGCGUUGAAAAAGUCCUUCAGGGGCUGUGGGCAAGAAUCUGGCUCUUGGAUCCCAGUCAAAUCGACCUGGACAGUCAGUUCCUUGCUCUUGGUGGAGAUUCUUUAACAGCCAUCAAGCUGGCUGCCAUGUGUCGAGAGAUUGGAUUCAGAUUAGAAGUUGCUGAUAUACUUCGGAACCCCAAAUUUGAAGAUCUGGCUAGACUGGUGCAAGACAGGCAAGAUUCUGCCCCCAAUGGCCUCCCAUGUCACGAGGAAACCAACGGCAAAUCAAUUACCAAGGACCAAGUGUUCCAUCAGACACCAACGAUGCUUACCCAAGCUGCGACUAUAUGCCAGGUCGAAGCAUCCCACAUUGAAGACAUCUAUCCAUGUACACCGACCAUGGAAGCGUUAAUCGCCGUCACGGCUCGGAUACCUGAUGCUUACGUUGCGCGUGAAUUGUUUCAAAUUCCCUCAAGUAUAAACUUGCAACGCUUCCGCUCAGCUUGGGAUCUUGUACGCAGAAAUAAUCCAACUAUGAGGACGCGCAUUUGCUCGGUUCUGGCCAAUGGCGGGUUCAAAAAUGUGCAGGUGGUCUGCAAUUUGCCUCAUGAUUGGAACGAAUCAGCAAGGGACGAGGCAUUCCAUGCGAGUAUGACAAUGGGCAGUUCUCUUUUUCGAUACAGGAUCCGGGAUUCUCACAAAGGGGCUGUUUUCGAAGUGCUCAAACACCAUGCUGUUUUCGAUGGAUAUUCCUCCACGAUGCUUUGGGAAGACUUCAAGUACGCCUUUGAGUAUUCAAGUCCACCUCCACCCAGGCCGCCGUUCAAGAACUAUGUUGGCCAUAUCCAUGCUCAGAAUGAGGAGGAGGCCGCUAGAUUUUGGGAAAGGAGUAUUGGUGACUUCCACGGAGAGCAUUUUCCUGCUCUACCAUCUUCACAAUACACUCCUACGACAUCCUCGAGUCAUCGAAUUGAGACAUCACUGAAAUGGGCCACCUCUUGCCAAUUUACAUUUGCGACUGUGGUGCGGGCUGCUUGGGCCAUUAUCCUGUCGAUGCGUAGCAGGUUGUCAGGCCAAAGCAAAAAGGCCUGCUUUGCAGUCACCACUUCUGGACGUGGCAGCGCGCUUGCUGGAAUCGAGAGGAUGGCCGGCCCAACGAUCACAACCGUACCUGUGCUAGUAGAGCUGAACAUGGAUCAAUCUAUAGCGGAAUACCUGUCGCAGAUCCAGGAGCAAGCCAUAUCCAUGAUGCCCCACGAAUACUAUGGACUAAGCCAAAUCCAAGAGGUCAGCGUGGCGGCUCGAGAAGCAUGCAGGACUCCGAACCUUUUGGUUGUUCAGCCUUCGCACUUGGAAGACGACGUAUUGCCUCUGGGGCUUACACGUGUGUUGGAUGACCAACCGGGCAUGGUCGACUCUUUCGGUCUGGUGACAGAAUGCUGGCAGAAUGACCUGAAGCAUACCAUCUCAUUGUCCGCUCUUCACGAUCCUGCGUUGCUGCAGAAACAAGAAGUGGAUUGUAUGCUUCAGCAACUUUCGUGGGUCAUUUCAUAUCUGAACAGAAACAGUACCGGCCGUUCCACUAUCCGAUCUACAAUAUGGAGCGUAGCAGAGGAGCACGACUUUUCUCGGUUACUGGCUUGGAAUAAAACACCACAGUGUUGUACCGAGACGUGCCUUCAUGAACUGGUCGAGAUUUCUGCUGCGGAUAAGCCACAUGAUGUCGCUGUCGAAGCACAUGAUGGAACGCUGACAUAUGCCGAACUGAACACGGCAGCAACUGCUGUAAAAGAGACCCUUGUCAGGAGACAUGGUAUAGGGCCCGGAGAUCUCGUUCCGUUGUGUUUUGAAAAGUCGGUCUCAAUGAUCGUUGCAAUGAUGGGGGUGCUCAAGUCUGGGGCUGGAUAUGUGCCUCUCGAUACGUCUCAUCCCAUCUCCCGCCUAGAAUUCAUCAUCCAAGAGGUCAAGGCGAAAGUCGUCAUUGUCUCCACGUUACAGUGUAAUACCUUGAGAUUCUCUGUACAAACUCUAGCCCUUGGGUCCAAGUGUCAUUCCAUCGAGCCCACUUGGACUACUCAGGCAGCACACGAGACUCGACUGGUUACUCCUAAAGAUGUAGCCUAUGUCAUCUUCACGUCAGGAAGUACAGGGCAGCCCAAGGGAGUGGUGAUGGAACACGGUGCCGUAAGCUUGAGUAUCUUGGAGCACGGCAAGAGGUACCAGCACGACCGACGCGGGAACAAGACUCGCGCUCUUCAGUUUAGCUCAUAUACUUGUGAUGCCAGCGUCCUGGAUAUCUUUGCAGUCCUGGCUUAUGGUGGCUGCGUGUGCAUCCCGUCCGAACAGGAUCGCAUCGGUAAUCUUCAAGAAACGUUUGUCAAGAUGAAGAUAAACUUUGUCGAUCUGACGCCGACUGUUGCCAACCUGUUGGAUCCAGCCGCGUUGCCCGCACUUACUGGUCUAACUCUUGCGGGUGAGAUGGCAAGUCGAGCCCUGAUAGACAAAUGGACUUGUCGCGAGCCACCCUUGGAGGUGUUUGUCAACAGUUAUGGCCCAACAGAAACCGCUAUCAGCUGUGCAAUCGGAACCAUCAGCCCGGAAAAGCCAGUUGGACACGUGGGGAAACGUCUAGGUGGCUAUCUAUGGAUCGUUGACCAGGAGGAUCACGAGCAUCUGAUGCCGAUAGGCAGCGUCGGGGAACUCGUCGUUUCUGGACCGACGCUCACCAGGGGGUAUCUCAACGACGCAGAGAAAACGAAUGCCGCAUUCGUCAGAGAUGUUCAUUGGAUUGCAAGGGAAAAAUACAAUGUCCUGUACAAAACUGGCGAUCUGGCGCGGUUUGACUUCGACGGCAACGUGGAGAUACUGGGCAGAAAGGACGAUGGACAAAUCAAGCUAAACGGUCUGAGGAUUGAGCUCGGAGAAAUCGAGAACGGGAUCGAAUCCUGCCCUCAAUUCUCAGAAGCCCGGCAUGUUGCAGUCGCAAAAGUCAGCAUUGGCGGCAACAAUACUUUGGCUGCUUUUCUUCAGCUACCAGACUGUCAGGCGGCCUCUCCAGAUUUACUCCUCGCUCAUCCAUCAAAAAUGUUCAAGAAGGCGAUAUCCAAUGCAGCACACGUGCUCCAAGAUCACUUGCCACAAUACAUGAUUCCAAAGCUGUGGAUACCAGUUUUCUCGUGGCCUCUCAAUGCAGCCGGGAAGACGGAUAGAAAACGCCUCGUGUCAGUCGCCGAGGCCCAAACCCCAGCGAAGAUAAUGGAGUAUCAACGAACCACUAGGGGUUGCAGCAGUGAUGAGACUGAGGUGAAGACUGAAGCAGGAAAAGUCCUCGAAGAUGCUUGGAAGCAGGUUCUGAAGAGGGAAGAUGGCGUGACAUUUGAACCGCACGACGAUUUCUUCGGACUAGGUGGCGAUUCCCUCAGAACCAUCAUGCUCAUCUCUUGGCUCAAGGCCAGGGGAUUACAUGUCACUGCGCAGGACAUCUUCAGAGCCAAGAGUUUGAGGAACAUGGCAAACAUGAUCGAGCGCAAAAACCCUGGAUACGCCUGGGCACGAUAUGAUGCCACGUCAAGGGACAAAAACAUCAAUCAUGGACAGCGCGGUCCGACGACAACCGCAGCUGGCAUCACUGAAGCAGCGAAUGAGAGAGAGAUACCGCCGGCCUUGGCCAUUGAGAGCGGAAUCGAAGAAGCCUACCCUGCGUCGCAUAUGCAGCUCAGUUACCUUAUCGAGGGACAAAAAUGGUGCCGAGCCUAUUACUGCUGGUUUUUCAUCGACGUUGGUAAAUCACGUAUUCCUCAGAUUCAAGCAGCUUGUGCCACCGUUGCGCUACGACAUCCAAUACUUCGAACAAGUUUCCACCUGAUCGGUCAGGAGUGCCAUCAAGCUGUCCGAAAGAUUGCUCCCGACUUCAAAGUCCUGUUUUCAAACUUCUCCCCGGCGGAUUGGUGCGAGCAGCUUGACAAAGACGUUGCUCGCCCUGUGUGCUUUGGCGAGGUCCUCACCAGAUUUCGUUUGUUGAUAGACGCCGAGACGGGCAGACAGGUCCUCGCUUUGGGACUUUCUCACUCUCAAUACGAUGGUUUCUGUACGCCAACAAUACUAAAUGAUCUCGGCUUGGCAUAUGCUGGGAAGAGUUGGGAAAAUCCGAGUCCACCCAGGUACAGGUACUUUAUCGAGCACACCAUGCGUCAGUGCAACGACGAGGCCGAUUGCUUCUGGAGAGAGAAACUGAAGGGUUCUACCCUCACCAGCAUUGUGAGACCUUUCGGAGGCAACGCUCGACCCAUCAUGUCUCGAGGCUUGAAGCGCACUAUUCCAUUUGAAUUCAAGCAUUCUGGGACCAUCAGUUACCCUGCGAUGCUCAAAGUUGCAUGGGCAAUUACUUUAUCCCAAAUAUCCUUGUCGUCUGACAUUACCUUUGGCAAUCUAGUCUCAGGGCGGUAUGCCGCUUUCGAAGGCGCACAAGAGGUGGUAGGACCAUGUCUGAAUGUCAUUCCUUUCAGAGUACGCAUUGAUACAAGCCAACGCUUCAGUGGUCUUCUCAAGGACGCAUACGACCGGGCCAUCGAUACUAUUCCGUUUGAAGCAACGCCCUUCAAUCGUAUAGCAGCCCAGUCCCCUUGGCCGGGUGAAACAGGCUUCAAGUCCAUCUUCCAAUUUCAGAACAUUCCAGGGCGAGAGGAGCAAGACCAGAUACUGGCAGGCUCGGGUUGGAAAAAACUCGGAAGUGCGGUUUAUGGAGGGGGCUUGCUGCAGAGUGGUGCGUGCUGGUUAACCGCAUGGCCGACUGUUGGUGGGACAGCGCGUCUUCUCUUGAGGUACUCGGAAGAGACGAUGGAGACGAGGGAGGCCGAGGCCGUGAUGGACCUGUUCGUUGGCGUCCUGAGGCUCAUCAGCAACGAUCCAGAUGCAAGCGUUGCAUCUGUUUCUGCGCUUUGCCCAUCGGCCACGACCAUCCAAAGCCAUUGUUCGGUGCCUCUUCAACCAGGCCAGCCCUCCUCAUCGUCUCGCAGUCAACCGCCCGCCCUGGCCCUCGCACCGAUCGUUGAGGAGUUUAGAUCGAUUUGGAAAUCAGUCCUCGGUUUUGACGGAGAAAUCCAUCCCGAGGACUCCUUCUUCGAUCUUGGGGGAGACUCGAUCGCGGCAGCCGGGAUGGCUUCGUUAUGCGUCAAGAUGGGCAUUGGAUUAAGUAUGCAGGAUAUAAUUGAUUCUCCGUCACUCAUAUCACAGGUCGAGCAUGUAACUGGGAGGGCUGGAAAUGCCCAAAAGCCCAGAGAGGAGCUAAAACUUGUGUAUGAGGAUAGUUAUGAGUUUAUCUAG